AUGGGUAGUCAGAAUCGUCAAGGAUUCUAUCAAGGAGGACCACCAGGAUUCCAUCAGAGAGGGAAUUUUUCUCAGGGCCAAGGUUGGAGAUCCCAUCCAGGGAAUAACUUCAAUCAAGGAGGUCCAUCCCAUCAGCCUCCUAACCAAGAGCCCAACCUAUAUGAGAAAACCAUCAAGCUAGAAGAAACGUUGGUGCAGUUCAUGCAAGUCACCUUCUCACACCAAAAGAGCACUAAGUCAGCAAUCAAGAAUCUAGAGAUGCAAAUAGGCCAAUUAGCUAAGCAAAUGGCUGAAAGACCCACUGAAACCUUUGUGGCCAAUACUGAGAAGAAUCCUAAGGUAACUUUCAUUAGGAGGGAAAGUGCUAAGAAGGAAAAGAGAAUUGAGGAGGAUUUAGCUUGGGAGGCCAAAAUGGAGAUACCCUCAGUCCAAGUGAAGAAUGUUCCAUAUCCCUUGGUGCCAUCUAAGAAUGACAAGGAGCGAUACUUUGCUCGUUUUCUUGACAUCUUCAAUGAGCUAGAGAUCACCAUUCCCUUUAGAGAGACUUUACAGGAUGUGUCUGUAGGGAAGGCCCUCAUUGACUUAGGAGCAAGCAUCAACUUGAUGCCUCUGUCCAUGUGCCAAAGAAUCGGAAGUCUGAAGAUAGCUCCUACGAGGAUGACACUCCAGCUAGUAGACCAUUCCAUCACAAGACCAUUCAGGGUAGUUGAAGAAGUCCUGAUCAAAGUCCAUCAACUCACUUUUCCGAUGGACUUUGUAAUCAUGGACAUUGAAGAAGAUGUUGAGAUCAUCCAUUCUGGCUUAGUCAUUCGUGUUGGCUGCAAAGUGUGUUGUGGACAUGGGGAAUGGCAACUUGGAGAUAAGUGUGGAGGACCAGAAAGCCACCUUCAACUUGUUUGA